CGCAGAUGAUAGAGCUAUGAACACUACAAUUAGUAAAUAGUUCCUGCUCGCUUCUUGUUAACAGCCCGGACCGUGCUGUGGCCCUCCGGAUAAAAUUUAGGAAAUGCAAGCACGUCUUUGAACUCAACCUUAAUUCAUCCGCAUCUCUUUUGGUUACUGUUGGAACUGUGCACUGGAGACUUAGCGCUGCAGCACUGCUUGGGAACAACUCGCUUGUAUUGCCAGCAGUGACCAUCGAACCCGGAUGAGCACAGUCUAGUACAGUUUUAUCUAGCUUUGCUGGUUAGCUAUAGAUGUGGUACCCGGGAGCUUUCGUGGCCAGCUCGACGCUGAACAUCUUCGUCACGCUUCUACUGCGUACCCAGGAUCCUGGAAAUGAUAACACACCUCGCCUAUCAUGCGCUUUACUUGCGCUGCAUUUAUUGGGCUUGCUUCAACUGCUGCUACCUAGCGGCGUCUACGCAUAUAUGCAGUGGUUAUGCAGCGCGCCAUUAUUAUGGUGGCUGCUAGCUCAAUUGCUGGGGACAUUACCUCCAGGCAGCGGCGCGCCAACAGCACAAAAGCUUCUUCGAUGCGCUGUCGUAGAAGCUGCUCUAGCCAUAAUCGGACUCGCGAUGCUGCUGGCUUUGGAUAUGCCGCUUGUCCAUGCCAGCUUGGGCAUCAUAUCCACGACAACACUUGCACUGGUGUUGCUGCCGCUGACGGCAGCGCAGCGCAGGAAUGCCGGCAAGCCCUCAAAUGCCGCCAUGGCCAGCGCACAGCCACAGCCCCCUGCUUCAAGCAGCACAAACAGAAACAGCGGUGGUGGUGGCGGCAGGCAGAUGCAGCAGCAGCAGCAACGUGCAGCCGCUAGCGGCCGCGAGGGUGAUGGAAGUGAAGGAGGCGGCGGUAAAGGCGGUGGUGGAACUGGCACGGGCAGUAGCUCUGCCACGGCUGCAGCUACUACUGCCAACAACACUGCGCCCUUGUCGCUGGGUCCGCAGACGCUGCUGCCGGCGCCCAUGGAGGCGCUGGUGGCGGGUGUGGUGGCGGGGAAGAUAAUGCAGGCCAUCUCAGCAGCUGCGGUGGGCGCAGCAGCGGGGGGCGGGUGGGGCGUCCAGCUGUCGGACAGCUCGGGGGCAGCCGUCCUCUCCUGCUCCGCCCUCUGGUCCCUCACCACAGCCUUCGCGCUGUACGGGCUGCCCCUGGCGCUCUGCAUGUACUACGGGCUGCUGCGCUACGCGGCGUGCAUGCUGGUGUCGCGACGCAGCCUGCUGAGGAGGGCGCCCAGCUUGGGAUUUGAGGAGUGGGGCGGACCCGUGGGUCAGGCACGUGCCAGCUGUGGUGGUGGCGGCAGUGGCCCCUUCCCCUGGUGGCCUCCCUCCCUCGCCUCCUCCCCCUUCCCCUCAUCGGCGCCCCCCUCCUCCUCGCCGCUAGUCGGCAGGCGGUUGUCGCUGAGUGCUGCCUGGGGUGGCGGGGGAGCGGACAGCGACUCGGACUCUGGCAUGACGAUGUCCCACUUCCACUCGCGUCUGUUGGAGGUGGGGGACCUCUACCGCAUCACCGAGGAUUCCGAGCACAGCAGCAGUAGCAGCGACGAGGGCUGGCGGGGCGACCUGGCGCUGCUGCAGCUGCUGUACAUGGCGCGAACCACAUUCCGGGGGGCCAGGGAGGGGG